GAUAAGCUGGAUAAGCGAUUCGGCUUUGAUCGCCCCACCGGGACCGCAGAUAAGCUCGGCUGGCUCAUCAACAUGCAGCCCACGAGUUUCCGUGACACCGAGACUGGCCAAGUCAAGUCUGCCGUGGACUUUUAUUUUCUGGAAGAAGAUGGCCAACGCUUCAAGGCCACCUAUCCGUAUUCCCCUUACUUUUUACUGCGAGCUGGUACGGAGGGCGAAGUUGAUCAGUACCUCAAGCGCAAAUUUGACAAGCACAUCGCCAAGAUUGAACUGGUUGAUAAGGAGGACCUGGACUUGGACAACCAUUUGAUUGGCUUGAAGCAGCCUUAUCUGAAGCUCACGUUCAAUAACGUGCAGGACUUGCAGCUGACCAAGAGCAAAAUUUCCCCCAUUAUCAAACAAAAUCGUUCUCGACAAGCAGAUGAGGAGCACUUUGCUCACGCCCAGGCUCUUGCAAGUUCGGGCACAACUGAAAUCGACACUGUAGCCAAAGCAGACGAGCGACUCAAGCACGUGGAUGAUGUGAUGGAUUCGGUUUUGGAGAUGCGCGAGUAUGACGUUCCGUACCAUAUGCGCGUGUGCAUUGACAACCGCAUCUAUGUCGGCAAAUGGUACACCGUCACCAUUCAAGGACAGCAAGUGCAUGUCUCAGAGCGUGCCGACCUUCUCCUCAUGCCGGACAUCAAGGUCUUGGCAUGGGACAUUGAAACAACCAAGUUGCCCUUGAAGUUCCCCAACAGCGAGAUUGACCAGAUUAUGAUGAUUUCCUACAUGAUUGACAACCAAGGGUACUUGAUCAUCAAUCGUGAAAUUGUGUCCGAGGACAUUUCUGAUUUUGAGUACACACCCAAGCCUGAGUUCCCUGGGCACUUUGAAGUCUUCAACUGUGAGAAUGAGCAUGCCACAAUUGCCCGUUUUUUCGAACACAUUCAGUCGGAAAAGCCACACGUGAUGGUCACGUACAACGGUGACAGCUUCGAUUGGCCAUUCCUCGAGCGAAGAGCUGAGAUUAACGACAUGCGGAUGUUUUACGAGAUUGGAUUUCGCCCCAAUACCCAGGGCGAAUACCUUUCUCGUUUUGCGCCCCAUCUUGACUGCUUCCGAUGGGUAAAGCGCGACAGUUAUCUGCCAGUGGGUAGCCACGGUCUCAAGGCCGUCACUCGCGAGAAAUUGCGCUAUGAUCCGUUGGAGAUUCACUAUGAAGAGAUUUGCCGCAUGGCCGCCGAGCAACCCCAGGAGUUGGCCAACUACUCGGUAUCAGAUGCCGUCGCAACCUAUUACCUCUACAAAAAAUAUGUGCAGCCCUUCAUCUUUGCGCUCUGCACCAUCAUUGCUUUGGGGCCUGACGACGUGCUGCGCAAGGGCUCGGGCACGCUCUGCGAGACCUUGCUGAUGAACAACGCGUACAAUAGCAACAUUGUCAUGCCAAACAAGAAGCAGGCUGAUGUCUCAAAGAUGCACAAUAACCACCUUUUGGCGUCAGAGACGUACAUUGGUGGACAUGUGGAGGCUUUGGAGUCUGGCGUCUUCCGCAGCGACAUUCCUUGCAAUUUCAAAGUCGACCCCGAGGCCGUCCAAAAGCUGAUUGACAAUCUGGACGCAGCCUUGCACCACGCCAUCGUGGAGGAGGAAAAGCGUGAUUUUGACACGAUUGUCAAUUACGAUGAGGUCAAGGCAGAGCUUGUUGCGCAACUUGAAGAUCUCAGAGACAACCCCAAUCGUUUUGAAGUCCCUUUGAUUUAUCACUUGGACGUUGCGGCGAUGUACCCCAAUAUCAUCUUGACCAACCGUCUUCAGCCACCGGCCGUUGUGGACGAGAAGACGUGUGCAUCGUGCGCUUUCAAUAACGAAGAGAACCGCUGCAAGCGCAAGAUGACCUGGAUGUGGCGUGGUGAAGUGUCCCCUGCUGGUCGCAGCGAGUAUUUGCAACAGCGCAUGCAGGCAGAAUCGGAAACCUUUCCGGGCGAGAACCCUGGUGAUCCACAGCGCCCAUUUCACGAACUUCACGAACUGGAGCAAGCUGCCAUCAUCAAGAAGCGUCUCGAUGAAUACUCACGCAAAACCUACAAGCGCACCAAAGACACCAUCAUCGAAGAACGCGUGAGCACCGUGUGCCAGCGGGAAAACCCCUUCUACAUUAACACCGUGCGCAGCUUUCGUGAUCGACGUUAUGAGUACAAGGGCAAGCUGAAGGAUAGCAAGCGGCUGCUCUCUGACGUGCAAGCGUCCGGCGACCCCGCAGAGAUUAAGCGCGUGUCUGAUCUUGUAGUCCUUUAUGAUUCACUGCAGCUGGCUCACAAGUGUAUCCUCAACUCCUUUUAUGGCUACGUGAUGCGCAAAGGCGCUCGCUGGUUCAGCAUGGAGAUGGCCGGUGUCGUGUGCCUGACAGGAGCUAACAUCAUCACCAAGGCCCGUGAGAUUGUGGAGCGUCUGGGUCGUCCACUUGAGCUUGACACAGAUGGCAUCUGGUGCUGUCUGCCUGGCAGCUUUCCGGAAGAAUUUACAUUCAAGACCAGCGACCCAGGCAAGAAAGCCAAAAUCACUAUCAGCUACCCAGGCGCCAUGCUCAACAUCAUGGUGAAUCAAGAAUUUACCAACGAUCAGUAUCAAGACCUGGUCGAUGAGCGCAACCUGAUCUUUAAGACCAAGGUGGAGAAUUCCAUUUUCUUUGAAGUGGACGGCCCGUACAAGGCCAUGAUCCUGCCUGCGUCCAAGGAAAAGGACAAACGUUUGAAGAAGCGCUAUGCUGUCUUCAACGAGGAUGGCUCGCUUGCAGAGCUCAAGGGGUUUGAGAUUAAGCGUAACGGCGAGCUCAAGAUUAUCAAAAUCUUUCAAAAGGAGGUUUUUGAUAGCUUCCUGCUCGGCAACUCGCUGGAGGAGGUCUACGCUCAUGUGGCAGAUGUGGCCAAUCAUUGGCUGGACAUCCUUUACACCCACGGCGAGGGCUUGCCGGAUUACGAACUUUUCGACCUCAUUUCUGAAAAUCGCAGCAUGUCGCGCACCCUGGCUGAUUAUGGCACGCAAAAGUCCACUUCCAUCAGCACGGCCAAACGCCUGGCGCAGUUUUUAGGCGAUGAGAUGGUCAAGGAUAAGGGCCUGGCCUGCCAGUUUAUCAUUUCCAAAAAACCCGAAGGCACACCUGUGACCGAGCGUGCCAUUCCUGUUACCAUUUUUCAGGCCGAGGAGCAGGUCAAGCGCCACUACUUGCGCCUGUGGACGAAAGAAGGGGCAGGACUGGAGAGUGCUGACAUCCGGGACAUCUUGGAUUGGGACUAUUACAUUGAGCGCUUGGGUUCUGCCAUUCAAAAGAUCAUCACCAUCCCAGCCGCCAUGCAGAAGGUGGAAAACCCCGUACCCCGAGUACAGCACCCCGACUGGCUGCAGAAGCGUCUAUUGGACAAGAAUGACAUCUACAAGCAACGAAGCAUUCGAUCCUACUUCUCGGCCGCACCAGUCGAGGAGGCUCAAGGAACCUUGGAAGCCGAGACCGAGAACCUCAAGCCGACCGCGGCCGAUAUUGAGGAUCAAUUCCGCAUGUCUGAGAAUCCCAAGCCCAAGGGGCCGAUGAUUACCGUUACACGCCGGAAGAAGCUGCGCAACAAAAUGGUUUCUGUCAAUGAACAGGUUCAAGCGGGUGACUGGCGCGAGGUUAUGGCCGAGGAGACCUCUGGAGAUCCAGCGGAGGAUUAUCCCGCCUGGCUCAAGUAUCAAAAGCGAAAGUGGAGCAUUCAACGCGCAGAGCGCAAGCGCAAACGCAGCCUGGGCAUCUCCAUGACUACUGCCGUGGCCUCAGGCGACUCUGUAGCUUUGUCUCGCUACGUCGCCGGCAAGCAGGAGGCGGCUAUUGUCAAUCACUGGCAAAUCAUCCAGAUUGCAAACACAUCGACGCCUGGCAUCUUCAAGCUGUGGUGUUUGGUUGACGGGGGUCUGCAUGCCAUGCGUCUCAACGUUCCGCGGCGCUUUUAUGUCAACAUGCACGAGGAGGACCCAACCAAGAAGCACAUCAAGGUGUCCCGACAGCUGCCACGCUCCCACCCUUGUAAAUUUUUGUAUCAGUUUGAGAUGACGGAGACACAGUAUCUGCGCGACCAGAAGCGCCUGGCAUCCCAACUCUCUCACAGCGACGUGGAGGGCGUGUAUGAGCUCCAAAUGCCCUUGUUGUGGCGGGCUCUUCUGGAGCUGAGUUGUACCACGGGCAUUCGACGCGAAGCCAUUAAAGCACGUGCUGGUGCCAAGGGCGAGUUUGGAUUGACUGAUUUGGCUGCCAAGCCUGAAAGUGCUCGCCAUUACCUGGCAGACCGCUCAGCCUUUCACGAUGUCUUUUUCUACCACUGGUAUGUUGCAAGGUGGAUUUUGAGAAGAUGCUUCCUGAAGAGAAUAUCAGCUUUCGUUCAAAGUCAGUCUCCUCUCAAUUGCAUGCUGUCCUCGACUCCCAAGAGGCUAAAACAAGUAUUGUUGAUAAGCCCUACGAUGUCAAAACCAAUCGGACCUGUUCUUGCAACCGUGCGUACCGAGCAAGAGGCGCACAAUGUCAUCAACGAAGAGCUACUGCGCUAUCAUGGUGCCAAGCAUGGACCCACAGUCGUGCUGCUCAACAGCUCAGCCUCAUUGUCUCAAAUGUCUUCGCAUAUCGACAUGAUCAAAGAGUUUCCAGUUGUGGUUCAGCCCUUCAACGCCAGUGACAAUAUGUGGCAAUUCCACGAUUGGCGUCGUAGCACGGUUCAAACAGCAUUGCACCGUUAUGCCAAGUGUCACGAGAUCUUUCAAGAUCGCAUCGAGAUUGCGCGGUAUGCUCAAGCACCCGUGGGCAACAUACCUUCCGACUUCCAACCCUUCAUCCACGACUUGUUCUUCGCCCGCCAGCUCCAACAACACAAUUUUGUUUUGUGGAUGUCGCCCUCCACUCGCCCGGAUCUUGGUGGCAAGGCACAAGAUGACAACCGCUUGAUGCUUGACGAUGAACAAGACGCGUAUGCGAUGAACCAGCCUGGUUUCUAUGAUACCUGCUGUGUUGAGUUGGAGGUCAUGCACCUACCCAUCUGCGCGGUGCUACAAUACGCGACACUGUCGGAUGAGGGAAGCCUUGGCAUCACUUCCAACUUUGAUACCGUCACGGAUACAAGUCUGCACGACAUGAUGACUGGCGCCUCGGCAGCAUUGACCAGCUUUGAUGAGACGGCUCAGUGCUUCCCUGCUUUCCGCGUUCUCAAAUCGCUGGUGGGCGCUUGGCUCAACGAGGUGGCCAGCCGCUACGAAGUAAUGGCUGAUGGUCAGCUUCAACACUUUUAUCGCUGGCUGAAGAAUCCCAUGUCGAUGCUCUACGACCCGGCACUGCUACGCACCGUGCGUGAUCUGAUGAAAAAACUCUUCUUGCACUUGAUCACGCAUGUCAAGCGACUUGGCAACGAACUCGUCUACGCCUCCUUCAACCGUAUGAUUCUCAAAACGGCUAAGAGUGAUGUUCCGCAAGCCAAGGCCCACAUUGAUUACGUUCUCAGCGUGCUGAGCCAAAACAACUUGUUUGCCGUGCUGACAUUGGCACCACAACGUGCAUGGUCACAGCUCCUGUGGAUGGAUGCCAUGAACUUUGGCGGCAUCGAUGCACAAUCAGAGACGCGCCCGGUGUUGGAGGAUGACGAAGAUGGCGCCCCAAGCGAGAGGGACGGGGUUGAUACCGCGCUGUCGGAUGAUGAGGGUGGUAUGUCGGUGGUGCGAAACUUCAACAUUCAGCAAUACCUUCCUGUGGAUCGCGUGCAACAUCUCUUCGCCUUGACCAUUAGCAUGUUCUUGUAUCUGACCUACGAAGCUCGUCAGAACGACCUGCACCGCCGCAGUUCGGCCCGUGAGCAGCGUCUGCGGGAGGCCGAGCUCAUGACCGCCAGUCAAAUUCGUGCAGAGGUGGCGGAUCAAAACAAAGAUGUGACCUCCGAGACCAAAAGGUGCGAAGCGAAGCCGAGAGAUGCACAGCCAGGCCACCAGAGCCGGCACUUUCCACACUUGGCUGGCUCGCAUCUGCCAUUGCAAAAUCCAGCACUUGAGUUUAUCAAGUACACGUGCCAUCUUCUGAGCAUGGACAAGGCCCACAAGGGCGACUAUGAGCGCUUAAAGCGGGACUUGUUGCGGAUGAUCAACAAGCGCGAGUUUGCUGCCGAGAGCGCCUUUCGCAACCCCUGCAUGAGUUUAACAUUGCCUCAGUUUGUCUGCGCACACUGCAAUUUGUACGAUGAUCUCAAUUUGUGCGACGACGAGGUCGUCACCAAGCGAAGUGAUGGUGCCUCGAACUGGGUGUGCCUACGAUGCCAGCAUCAGCAUAACCGCGAAGAAAUUGAGCAGCAGUUGCUGUCUGUGGCCCGACAAGCGCUCAUGGCCUAUCAGCUACAAGAUCUUCGCUGCCUUAAAUGCAAGCUGAUCAAGGGUGAUCACCUCUCGCGUCACUGCUCUUGUGCCGGGGCCUACGCUCUGACCGAGCCCAGUGAGCGGCUGCAGACCAAACUCCAUACUUUGUUCAACGUUGCCAAAUAUCACCAGCUCAAGUUUUUGCAAGAAGAACUCGAGUGGAACUUGCGUGGCAUGGGCGUGGCCGUAUAG